AUGCCACCCCACCUCCCUGACGAGAUCAUCUUGAUCAUUCUCAGCAACCUCGUUCCGACCGACAUGCAGCUCAGCAUCAGAAGCCUGUCUUGUGCGAGCCGCGUCUCUCGUUUGUUCCGCCGCAUCGCGGAGCCUCUACUGUAUUGCCAUCUCCACCUCCCGACGCGCAAGGUCCUCGAGACACUGUGCAACCGGCCCGAGCUAGGCGAUCACGUACGCGUCAUCGACGGGCAUAGUGGCGGCUUAUUCUGGGAUGAGCGCGGAGCCGUAAAGAGCCUUCUCCACGAUCAGUUCCGUGGACUUGUGAGGCACAAGUAUUGCUGGCCGGCGCUUGAUGCGUUGCUGGAACACCUGAUUCCUCCCGAGUUGGACCCCGAUAGGGACGACAAGGACAUGCCCUAUUACUUUCUGGACACGGCCUGCCUCACAUUGACACUUUUUCUGACGCCUCAUGUCGAGAAGUUGAACGUUGGUAUGUUCCCGCAGGAGACGCCUGACAUGCUUGCGCGACUGUUUGAGUUGUGCGGAGACCGUCACCCCAUUCGACACGAAGGGGGAUCAGGCGGAGAUAUGAUGUCGAGAAUGCCAGUGCCGCUCUCGGAGCUGCGUUCUCUGUACUUGUUCGUUGAAACCCUUGGCCCCGGCCAUGUCUAUUUCGACUCAGCGAACAUCCGGCCGCUGGUGCUGUAUCCCGGGCUUCAGACAUUGGACCUUUCCGGAAUGGACUGGGGCGGCACAGGCGCGGAUACAAGCUCAGAGGCCAACGAGGCAGAUGAAGAGGACGAGGCCGAUAGGGGCGACGAUGACCACAACAACUCUCGGCUUGAGAGGACUGGGAUUCAAACCAACCAAGCAGUACCUGGUUGGCCACCCACGAAAUAUACCUUCCCAGGUUCCCAUCCAAACACGAAGAGCCUCAGACUCUACGAUAACUACCCUACUAAACCCGAUGGAGUGCGGGAGAUGCUUGUGGCUUAUCCUAAUCUCCACACCCUGGUUCUGGAGGCAUGUGAGCACGAAGGGAAGCGCGAACCGUUCGAUUUCACGGAGUACGGUACUGUACUCCACAACUACGCCAGGAACCUGCGCCGUUUCGAGUUCGAGCAGGAGAACGUCUCCGAUGCCGACUUCGAAGGACACGACAGAGGCGCGAUCGGGUCUUUGAGGGACAACUGGACGCGCCUCGAGCCGCUGCGUAUGCCCCUUGCUGCACUGCUCGGCCAGGAUAUAACCGAGCAGCCGGACCUUUGUGAUUACUUGCCGGUUAGCUUGCGCUGGUUCUGGAUCACCAUGCCGGACUUUGAAAACGCACAGAUGUAUUUAAAUGCGCUGGACGGGAUGCUUGACGAUCGCAGGCUGCCACGAUUGGAAUGGGUCCUGGUCAUGCUGCCUGAGGGAUCUGAGCUGCUUGGGGGCGAUGAGCUGCCUGACGGAGAUGAUGGGUUUGGCGUUGAGCCCAGCGGAUUCAAUCUGUUAGGACUCGGCGAACGCCAUAUCCUGUGUAUGAGGAAGUCCGCCUGUGUCGUGCAUACGCCGCCGGGGUGGGAGGGAGCCCGGGUCGAAUCAUCCGUGAGGCUGCCUUAG